AUGAACAGAGAGAUCAGAAUAUUUUUAUUAGAUUUCAACGCAGAGUGUUGCUCUCGGUGGAAACACUAUCUUCAGAAGAUAAAGCAGGACAACCUGGAAUUAAACUGGCUUGGCAGAAGGGUUUCGAUUGAGACAUUCUGUGGAACCUUGAGCAACUUCGGAAAAACAAAUCAAAAAUCAAUAGGCAGUCAAGUGGGAUUAACAGCAAUUGUUUCUCCAGGAAACUCUCUGGGGUUUUUGCGUGGUGGUUUUGAUUUAGCUAUAGCUGAGUUUUUUGUUGAAGAUAAGAAAGAUUUCCUAUUAACUGAAAGCAGGCUUCAAAACCAAAUAGGCUUGAAUGCAAAUGGAUACGUUCCCGUUGGUUGUGCCAGACUAGUUAAAUUUGACGAAAAACACGAUAUAUCCUUUGCAAAUUCAAAAGCAUGGAAACUACUAAGAUCAAAUCAUAUUUUGCAUAUACCAACAAUGGCAGUUCCAGAGUCAUUAAUUAGUUUUCUUUCAACUGAUUCUAUUUCCAGAUUAGUUUUUGACUGUACUUGGCAGAUUCUAACAACAAUAAACUCAUAUAAUAUGCAUCACUUUAAUGAUGAAUACCUUGAGACUAUUGUUAUUUCUGGCUUAGGUACUGGAUGGGGUAAAGUUCCUUAUGAUAUUUGUGCAAGAUCAAUGAUUACAGCGAUAAUCAUAUUUACAACUGCUGGGUUGUCUCCCCAUGAGAAGUCACUCAAAUGUUUAAGAUUUAUAAACAAAAUAAAGUAG